AUGGAGAAGGCACCGACGAGCACGAGGAGAGCCAGCGGCUCCUUCGCACGGAGCUCCAUCAAACGCUCCACAUCCGGGUCUCAGAAGGGCCAAAAAGCAUGGAUUGAGAGAACUUUCCAGAAAAGGGAAUGCAUCCAUAUAUUUCCGAGCAAGGACCCAACCAGAUGUGCAUGUGGCCAGUUGGUGGCACAGCAUGUGGCUAUUCCUGGCGCUGCCACAACCAAACCCCCAGAGGAGAGCCACCAGCUUGUGCAAGUCGACCAGCCUCAGGAAAAGUGGUCAGUGGUCAAACAUACGCAGGCUUCCCCGACUGAUGCAUAUGGCACUAUUGAGUUCCAGGGUGGAGGGUUCAUCAAUAAAGCCAUGUACAUCAGAGUGUCCUAUGAUACCAAACCAGACAACCUGCUUCACCUUAUGGUGAAAGACUGGCAGCUGGAACUUCCUACCCUCCUCAUAUCAGUCCACGGAGGUCUCCAAAACUUCGAUCUGCAGCCCAAACUCAAACAAGUGUUUGGGAAAGGCCUGAUCAAAGCUGCCGUGACAACAGGAGCAUGGAUCUUCACGGGUGGAGUUAGCACAGGGGUUAUCCGCCAUGUUGGGGAUGCUCUUAAGGAUCAUUCCUCUAAGUCCAGAGGGAAAGUCUGUGCAAUCGGAAUAGCUCCCUGGGGAAUCCUAGAAAGCAAGGAGGACCUCAUUGGCAAAGAUGUGACCAAACCUUACCAAGCCAUAUCCAAUCCUCUGAGCAAACUGGCCAUUCUCAACAACAGCCACUCUCACUUCAUCCUGGUGGACAACGGCACGUGUGGUAAAUACGGAGCAGAGGUGAAGCUCCGCAGGCAGCUGGAGAAGCACAUUUCCCUUCAGAAGAUUAACACUCGUCUGGGCCAAGGCGUGCCAUUAGUGUGUCUAAUCGUGGAAGGAGGGCCUAACGUGAUUUCUAUCAUGCUGGAGUGUCUGCGUGAGGAGCCCCCGGUGCCAGUGGUGGUGUGUGACGGCAGCGGCCGUGCCUCUGACAUCAUCUCUUUUGCCCACAAAUACUCAGAGGAUGGGGGAAUGAUAACAGAGGAUGCGAAUGAGCAGCUGCUGGUGACCAUUCAGAAGACGUUUAACUACAGUAAGAGUCAGUCCCAGCAGAUUCUCCUCAUGAUCAUGGAGUGCAUGAAGAAGAGAGAGCUGAUCACAGUUUUUCGAAUGGGUUCUGAGGGACAGCAGGACAUUGAGAUGUCUAUCCUGACUGCCCUACUGAAAGGAACUAACGCUUCAGCUCCAGACCAGCUCAGUUUGGCUUUAGCCUGGAACAGAGUGGACAUAGCACGCAAUCAGAUCUUUGUCUAUGGACUACAUGUGCCACCAGUGAGUGCUCUGCCCACUGCACCCACCAGCACUGGUCCCACCACCCAGGAGAGGCAGAAGAGCCCAGCUCCAGGUCCACGCAAUAAGGCCAAGGGCCGAGGGAAGAAAGGCAAAGGAGGCAAGGCCAAACCAGAGCCCCCAGAGGAGACAGACCCCAAGAAAUUAGCGUUACUCAACUGGGUGAACUCACUGGAGCAGGCCAUGAUGGACGCAUUAGUGCUGGACAGAGUGGACUUUGUGAAGCUGCUGAUUGAGAACGGGGUCAACAUCCACCAUUUUCUCACUAUCCCACGCUUGGAGGAGCUGUACAACACGAGACUGGGACCUGCCAAUACACUGCAUGUUGUAGUGAGAGAUGUCAAAAAAGGAAACCUCCCUCCAGAUUACCAGAUCACCUUGAUUGACAUAGGACUAGUGUUAGAAUACCUGAUGGGAGGGGCUUACCGGAGUAACUACACCAGAAAGGGCUUCCGUUCCCUCUACAACAACCUAUACGGUCUGAAAAGGCCAAAAGCCUUAAAACUCCUUGGGAUGGAGGACGAUGAGCCAAGGCCAAAGGGCAAGAAAAAAGCCAAAAAGAAAAAAGAGGAAGAGGUAGACAUUGACGUGGAUGACCCUGAGGUCUGCCGUUUCCAGUAUCCCUUUCACGAGCUGAUGUUAUGGGCAGUGCUUAUGAAGCGCCAGAAGAUGGCGCUCUUCCUGUGGCAGAGAGGUGAGGAGGCCAUGGCCAAAGCACUGGUGGCCUGUAAACUCUUCAAAGCCAUGGCCCAUGAGUCUUCAGAAAGUGAGCUGGUGGAUGAUAUCUCUCAGGAUCUGGAUAAUAACUCCAAGGAGUUUGGGCAGCUGGCCUAUGAGCUACUGGACCAGUCUUACAAGCAUGAUGAGCAAGUCGCCAUGAAGCUGUUGACCUAUGAACUGAAGAACUGGAGUAACUCCACUUGUCUGAAACUGGCAGUGGCUGCCAAACACAGAGACUUCAUUGCCCACACUUGCAGUCAGAUGCUGCUGACAGACAUGUGGAUGGGAACGCUGAGAAUGGGAAAGAACCCGGGUCUGAAGGUCAUUUUCGGCAUUAUCUUCCCCCCGUUGAUUUUGCUGCUGGAUUUCCGUCUUGGAGAUGACAUGGUUUACCAGAGCUCAUCUGACGAGGAUGCCAAAGAGAAAGAAGAUGAUAAUAAGUCCAGCAGGGAUGCCAACGCUGAUACAGUGUCCAAGAAAGGUGAUGAAGAGGAAGGCAGCAAGAAGAUGAAACGAGUUCCCAUUGGGAGGAAAAUCUACGAGUUCUACAAUGCCCCCUUCACCAAGUUCUGGUUUAAUACUAUAUCCUACCUGGGUUAUUUGAUGCUGUACAAUUACAUCAUCCUGGUGAAGAUGGAGCAGUGGCCCACCAUGCAGGAGUGGGUGGUCAUUUCAUACAUACUUUCUCUGGCCUGUGAGAAAAUAAGACAGAUCCUGAUGUCAGAGCCUGGUAAGCUGCGUCAGAAGAUCAGUGUGUGGUUGGAGGAGUACUGGAACAUCACAGACUUGGUGGCCAUUUCCACCUUCCUCCUGGGCCUUCUGCUCCGCCUACAGAGUGAACCUUACAUGGGUUACGGCAGAGUUAUCUACUGUGUGGACAUCAUCUUCUGGUAUAUCCGUGUAUUGGACAUCUUUGGUGUCAACAAGUACCUGGGACCGUACGUCAUGAUGAUUGGAAAGAUGAUGAUUGACAUGCUGUACUUUGUGGUGAUCAUGUUGGUGGUGCUAAUGAGUUUCGGAGUAGCGCGGCAGGCCAUUCUCCACCCUGACGAAGAACCAACGUGGCGCCUUGCCCGGAACAUCUUCUAUAUGCCCUACUGGAUGAUCUACGGCGAAGUGUUUGCAGACUCGAUAGACCGUAAGACUAGAAUUGAUAUCUACGCAAUGGAAAUAAACCCUCCAUGUGGGGAAAACAUGUAUGAUGAGGAUGGGAAAAAGCUGCCACCUUGUAUCCCUGGAGCCUGGCUCACCCCUGCCAUCAUGGCUUGCUAUCUGCUAGUGGCCAACAUCCUACUGGUCAACUUACUCAUUGCUGUCUUCAACAACACAUUCUUCGAGGUCAAGUCAAUCUCCAACCAGGUGUGGAAGUUCCAGCGGUAUCAGCUGAUCAUGACGUUCCAUGACAGACCAGUCCUUCCCCCGCCCCUCAUUAUUCUCAGUCAUCUCCACAUCCUGGUCCGCAGAGUCUGCUGCCGCUGUACCAAAAAACAGGAGGGAGAACUGGACGAGAAAGACAAAGGACUGAAGCUUAUCCUGAAUGCUGAGGAACUGAAAAACCUGUACGAAUUUGAGGAGCAGUGUGUGAAGGAAUAUUUCAGAGAGAAGGAGGAUGAGCAGCAAUCUUCGAAUGAUGAACGCAUCAAAGUGACAUCUGAAAGGGUGGAGAAUAUGUCCAUGCGUCUUGAGGAAGUGAAUGAGAGGGAGAACACCAUGAAGGCCUCCUUACAGACUGUGGAUCUACGCUUGGCCCAGCUGGAGGAGAUGCACGGACGCAUAAUGAACGCUUUAGAGAGACUGGCAGGGAUUGACCACUCUGAGCUGACCCGCACGCGCUCAGGAGCUUCUUCUGUCUGCGGUGGCCCCACCCUGCAGCGUCACGGCAGUAUUAACAGCACUGACGGAUACAGCCUCUAUCAGUUCUACCUGGAUACCAACCAACUGCUUGGAGAUGAGGCAGGUCAGCUGGGCCCAGAGAGGCAAGGCAGCCUGAGGAAGGCAACGAGUAGCACUGCCCUGAGCCCCAAAGAGUACGGGCCAAAUCUGGAGGUGAGGGUCCCCAGUCUAAGGAGCAGACCCAACUCCUGUGUGGACAUCAGGAUCUCUCCCUGUGAUCAGAAGGCCGAAGAGGUGGCGGUAGGAAGUGCAGAGUCGCAACCAGAGGCGCCUACAGAACCUGCCCCAGAUGCUCAGACUCCACAGGAUACAACCGAGGUGCUCAUAUCCACGAGAGCUAAACUAGAAGCUGCCAUCUCUUACCCCUUAGAGAAGCCCAAAGCGUUCAAGUACUAUCCGUCCGAGUCUCUGACCACGUCGCCAUCUUCCAGCCGUAAAUUCACGAGCAGCAUCGCGUUUGACCCAAUGGGUGGAGAAGAUGUGGGACAGUGGGCUACUGACUACACCUCUCUUUUAGAACAGAGGGCAAAUAUGUCUCCAACCAUGAAGAGAUGGAAUACUGCUUUUGCAUACAAGGUGCAUCCAACCCUCUUUGGCCAAUCACCCAAGGUGUCAAUGGUCAGACCACCAGAGGACCAACAGGUGAAGCCAGGGAACGGAGAUCAGACAGUCAGCAUUGAGGAGAAGGAAGCUGCAAAGGAGGCUAAAGACAUUCAGGACAAGAGUGAGGUGCAAGAACAUAGGGGGAGUAUUAAGGGUGACAAGAGGACAAUUGAAGAGAAGGAGAAAGACCUUGAAGAUGGGCCUGACACACAUCAAGGUAGGAAGGAUGAGGGCAAAGGUCCUGGAGACAGCACUGAAGGACAGUUGAGGACAGGAGAACCAGACGCUAAGGACCAAGCAGUCCCACCUGACACUGGCGGUCUGCUUGUGGCUGAUGAUGGGAUGUACCCUCCAAUUAGGUCUAAAAGCUGGAGCAUGAACCCUCUCAAAGCCAAAAGCAUGGGGAAUAACACAGACAAGCCCCGGGGCUCCAGCAGUGAGCGAGACAUCAUUAGUGCAUGCGGAGGUCCUGCUGAUGAGCCAAUGUCAGAGGCACAGAAAGAUCAAGAAGGACCAAGAGCUGGUUCCCAGAAGGAUAAAAAGCAGAAGGUAGCUGAUGAGACCAACUUCUGA